UAAUCUGUCCUCAACAGAGUGUUCAGACUGCUGUUAUUUUAACAGUCAAAAUGGAGGAUGGAGAAAACUCGGGUGGUACUUUUGAUGGUUCAUAUAACGAACUGAUUUAUCAAGAGGACAUCAGUGAAGAUGAUCACACUCUCUUAUCAAGCCAACAAGUGUCCAUGUCCAUGGUGAGACCUGAAUCCCUUUUGAAUCAUCACAAACUGAUAACAGUAAGCCUGGUAGUGCUUGCUGUCGUUCUACUAGCAGUUGACAUCGGCCUGGGAGUCUAUUAUAAAAAUCUAACUGAUGGGCAGUAUACAGCGGACAUCAGCAAUGAGUUGGCCAAACUGCAGGCUUCCUACAACACUGCAAUCCAGAGCCGGGAUGAAGCCAAGAGACAGCUGGCAAUCGAGAUCAGUGAGCAGCAACUUACCAAUUGGGAGAUUGAACAUCAGAGAGUAAGAACCGAAACCUACAAAAAGCUGGCUGACAAAAUUCGAAUGGAAAUUUCAACGUUGAAGUCCCAUAUCCCAAUGAUAAAGGAGGGCUGCAGACACUGUCUACCAGGAUGGUUUUUCAUGAACUCAGUGUGUUACUACUUACCAUUCUCUGAUGCUAUUUCACGCAAAUCAUGGCACGAUGGCAGACAGUUCUGCAAAAACCAAGGAGGGGACUUGGCAGUGAUAGACAGCAGAGAGAAACACAUGGCAAUAAGUGGCUUGAUAAAUAGUAAUCAAGACCCCUAUACAAGCAUAGGCUACAGUGGCUUCUGGAUCGGAUUGACAGAUGUGGAGGAGGAAGGAACGUGGAAAUGGCUGGAUGGAACAAGACUGACUGAGGGGUACUGGAAUGAUUACGAGCCCAACAAUCAGGGUAAUGAGGACUGUGCGGCGGCGUAUCCCAGAAGUAACCCCUUUAAGUCCUGGAACGAUGCUCCAUGCAACCAUGAUCUGAAAUGGAUUUGCCAAAGCGCACCAAGGUCUGCGAGAUAACUGUUUGAAUGGAGAAUCAACUUGUUUUUUAGAGUCCUUUUAUUGUAAUAUCAAUAUUUGUUGAGAUUUCAAAACGGCAAGGAAGGUCAAAAUACCAAAAAAACAUUUGAUUUAUGAAAUGAACUACAAAAUUUAGGUUAACCAUUAUACUGUAAUAAAUAUUUUACUAUGUACAUAUGAAUUGCUACUAUACAGAUCUGUACACUAGGGUAACAGCUUAUCAGGAAAACAGGUCAGAACCCAGAUUCACAUACAUUGUACAUUCCUACAAGUCAUAUGUUGCGCGACAAAGCAACACUUAAAGUGUCAGUUAUCAUUAAGUUGUUAAGUUAAGAUUGUAGAUGUAACAGACAUUCAUCAUUAUGGACAAUGAUAAUGAAGUAUGAUUAUAAAACAAUAACCAGUAAGAGUUAUUGAACUUAACCACUGGAGCUAAUUCCGGAAACAGCUGUCUUUUUUGCCUUUUCAAUUUUGUGUGUGAAAAGCAAAGAACUACCAGUGACCAGGGAUUCUGUACGUAAAAACAGAUG